AUGGAUAUAGACGCUGAGAAUAAUCCUGCGCUUGAGCGAAGGGAAACCGACCCUCCUGUCGAGCAACAGAUCAACACCUUAACAAGUCCCGCAUUGACCAGUGACCACUUGCCGCGACAUGAGCCGCAAGACCGCGAUAUCACUGCCGUUCAUGAGAACGCAGGCGAGAGUGAUAGCCACGAACCUCCUGGGAAUCGGCAAGGACACAUCAUCACCCGUCGAGAUGUGGUCGCUUACAUUGCUGUGGUCAAGGAUGACUAUGACAUUGAGAAGUUCCGAGACUUCUUGAAGACCAAAGCGGAAGACGGCAAUGACAUCUACCAGAUCGGUCCGGAUAACAAGAUCCUCGGAUACGGGAACGUUACUUUGACUCCAAGUUCGAAAGCCGAUGUAGAGAAAUACGAAGGCACUCUCGGUCUGCUGGAUGAUCUUCCCGUGACAUUCCAUCGAGCCGUGCCAACGAAAAGCGCGUCUCUUGAAGUUCACCCGAGCGCCUAUCCAUACGAGAACAGCGGCAAACUCUCACGCAGAGCAUUGAAAUGGAAGGCCCAAUAUCCCGCGGACGAAGCUUUGGUGAUGGAUAGUGAGUAUGAUGGUGGCACCCAGACACUCGACUUCGUAUACCCUGAGAACCCUGGUCAGGGAAUAUAUGUCUACGUGAUCGAAUGGGGCAUUCAGAUCAGGGUCAGGAAUCCUGACGAUGAGCGAGAAUUCAAGACAGACAACGAUCGUGUCCUACAAACUACGAGGUCUCUUCAACGGCAUGCGAGUCCAGACACAGACGACAAUACUGUCAAGCCAUCUCACGGAACCCAGGUCGCUUCAAAAGCUGUGGGCAAGAAGUACGGGCUUGCGAAAGAGGCGACACUAGUGUCGACGAAGGUCAUGCCUAUAAGCGGAGAUUGGGAAAAUGCAAUGUGGCUGAUCGUGGAAGACAUCAAGAGGAACGACCGUGCGGCGAAGAGCGUUGUGACCACAUCCAUGGCCCUUGGUAAAGGGAUGACCGCCGAGGAAGCGAAGAACAAUAAACAAAGCCAGAAGCUGUACGGAAACCACCUCCGUGAACUAUCGAAUCUUGGUGUUCCGUUUGUGGCAAGUGCUGGAAACGACGCAACGGAUCCUAACCGGAAGCUGGUGGACCAACUUCCUAUGUUGCUUUCAGGUGAUGAUAUCCCUCUCAUCAUUGUUGGCGCUUCAGACUACGAUGGCAAGAAAGCCGACUUCUCGCAAGCCGGUCCACUCGUCACGAUUUAUGCGCCGGGUGUUGACGUUGAGUGCCAAACGAAGGAGGAUAAAAAAGGUGCAACUGUACAAGGGGCUUCAAUAGCUGCGCCUCAAGUUGCGGGCCUUAUAGCCACGUACUUGUCCUACGAAACUAAGCCUUGGGACGACACCAAGACUGGUGUCGAACGCGUGAAGGCCAUCCGAGAUUAUCUUACCAGUGAGAAAUCAAGUUGGGUGCGGGAUAGGGAUGAUCCCAACAGCGGCAUCCGUGUGAUUUGGAACGGGGCAGAUGCGGCCGCCCACGGGGAUGACGACGAUGACGAAAGCCCGAACGACUCUGAUCCACCUCCAUCGAGCCCUCCACCUCCGUCCAAACCAUCUCGCAAGAACAAAGCACUUUCAAUCAUCUUCCAAAGGUAUUUUGAUGGGGUCUGGACCGACAACUCCUGGUUGUUCUUCGAAAGCGAUUACGGCAAGUCUUCUGUAUGUCGCGAUGAAAAGCAAGCUACGAGAAGCGAACCAGCAGGAGACGAUUACGAUAUGGUCAAGAACCCUCCCUGGCCUGGAGGUACGUACGAGAUGAACGACCUCAUCGACGGCGUCGAAUGCGACUAUCUCAACGAUGGAACCAAUCCUGGAUCUCUUUGGUGUCAAGAUUGGGAUGCGCCAUCUCCGGAGGACUCCGAAGGCCCUUUGCCUAAGGACCUAGAGAUCAAGUGCAAAGAGGAGGAGGUGAGAUGGAAGAGUGAAGCUGAGAGCUGUUCGCUUGGACCGCUCAUAAACAGAGACCACCAUGCCGUCGUUACGUGUGACUGGUAG